AUGCUCACGUACGACGACGAAGAAGCAACAGCACUGGCCCCCUUCACCGCCACGUAUCCUAUGCAACCGCGCAACCCCACCGGCUCGCCCACCGUCGGUGCUUCAGAUGCUCUCCAACUCCGAGCCCGGAUCGCCGGCCCCGGUCCCGACGGUGCCGCGACGGUGUUGUUGGCGAACUGUGGCUCCGACUCCUCCCUCGCCAAGCGCGGAAGCGCCUGUGUCGCUUUAGAGACCUGUUCCGACGGAGGGUUCAGCGCAGCUGGUAACCAUUCCGCUGACGGCGCUGGGGAUUGGGACUGGGAUGGAGAAUGGGGCUGA